AUGGCUUUCAAAACCCCCCUCAUCAGCCUAGCAGCUUUGCUGCUGGCAGGUGUGACCCUCGUACAAUCCGCCGAGGAACACCCCCCUCUAACAACCUGGAAAUGCACCAACUCGGGCGGCUGCGAGGAACAGAACACGUCCGUCGUGCUCGACAAGGUCUCCAAGUUUGCACAGGGCGCCGCCGGCUCUCGGACCGCCGCCGACUAUGCCGCCAUGGGCGUCACCACCUCGGGCGACUCCCUAACCAUGUACCACUACGUGCAAGGCAACCCUGCCUCCCCGCGCAUCUACCUCCUGGGCGACGACGGCAAGUACGUGCUGAUGUCGCUGCUCAACGCCGAGCUGUCCGUCGACGUCGACAUGUCGGCGCUGCCGUGCGGCGAGAACGGCGCCUUCUACCUGUCCGAGAUGAAGGCCGACGGCGGCGGCAGUGCCGAGGCCGGAGACGGGUACUGCGACGCCCAGUGCCAGGGGUAUUGCUGCAAUGAGAUGGAUAUUCUUGAGGCGAAUUCCAUGGCCACGGCUAUGACGCCGCAUCCGUGCAAUGGGAACUCGUGCGAUAAGGGCGGGUGCGGGUAUAACCCGUACGCGAGCGGGCAGCGAAACUUCUGGGCUCCGGGCGGGACGGUCGAUACGAGCAGGCCGUUUACGGUUGUUACGCAGUUCCAGGCCAAUGGGGGGAGUCUGUCGCAGAUUACGCGCAAGUACAUCCAGAACGGCCAGCAGAUUGACGGUGGAUCGAUUAACAGCUGUGGUGGGGGCGCCACUGGUGGUCUGGCUGGCAUGGGUGAUGCUCUGGGGCGUGGAAUGGUACUGGCAAUGAGCAUCUGGAACGACGCGGCGCAGCAGAUGGCUUGGCUUGACUCUGGCAACAAUGGACCCUGCCAGAGCGGACAAGGCACCCCGGCCAACAUCCAAUCUCAACACUCUGAUACUCACGUCGUCUUUUCCAACAUUCGAUGGGGGGAGAUCGGAUCUACCCAGAAGUAG